CUAAAAAUAGCGACAAAGUCGCUAAAUUGCCAACACUGCACAGUUCCUUCUUAUCCAGCAGGGAGCAACCUUCUAUUAUAUAACUGUGACGUAAAAUAUUGGUCAUACUGUGUAGAAGACUGAGCGCGCGCUGCAGACUGCAAAGAUACGAGACUGAGCCUGGGUUCUGCCUUUGUGCACGGACCGCUUUUGAAUAGAGUGAGUGUGUCAGUUUCAUAAAGCUUUUCAUCAUGGCUAGUCAGUCGAUGGAGAUCAUGGCCAAAGCACUGGAGCAGCAGGUGCUGCAGUCAGCCAGAAUGGUGGAGGAGCAGUUGGACAAAGAGCUGGGGAAGCUGGAGCGUAUGGAUGAUGACGAGAUGGAAAAGCUGAAGGAGAGGAGGAUGGAGGCCCUCAAGAAAUCCCAGAAACAGAAGCAGGAGUGGCUGUCUAAAGGGCAUGGGGAGUACAAGGAGAUCCCCAGUGAGAAAGACUUCUUCCCCGAGGUGAAGGAGAGCAAUCGUGUGGUCUGCCAUUUCUACAGAGACUCCACCUUCAGAUGCAAGAUCCUGGACAAGCACCUGGGCAUCCUGGCCAAGAAGCACCUGGAGACUAAGUUCAUCAAGCUGAAUGUGGACAAGGCGCCGUUCCUGACAGAGAGGCUGCGGAUCAAGGUGAUUCCCACGCUGGCGCUGGUUAAGGACGGGAAGACCAAGGAUUACGUGGUGGGAUUCACCGACCUGGGGAACACUGACGAGUUCCCCACAGAGGUGCUGGAGUGGCGACUGGGCUGCUCUGACGUCAUCAACUACAGUGGUAACCUAAUGGAACCCCCCACCCUGACACAGAAAUCUGGUUCAAAGUUCACCAAGGUGGAGAAGAAGACCAUCAGAGGGAGAGGACACGAUUCAGACUCUGGUUCUGAAGAUGACUAGAAGACCCUGUCAGCCUUCAACCUCUGUCUCUCUCUCAGGGCUAAUACCAACUAACCGGCAGAACCAUCUCCUCCAGUUUUCAUUUCCUUCCCCCUUCUGUAAUUUCCUUAUUUAUUCUAGUCUUCCAUGCUUUCUUUUCCCAUUCAUUUUAUGGAUGAAAUUCAGACUUAUUGUGUAUGGACUUUAAAUCAUAUUUUUUAGUUCAUUUGCAAUACGGUCACUAGCUUUUCGGUUAUUUAUAUUCGACUGGCAAGUAAAAGGAGGAUUCCUGUCUGAGCCACUGAACUCUCAUUCUGCUGACUGGCUCCCCUUGAAAUAGUUAUGCGCUGAAAUGUUUCAUUUGAUUCCAAUUGAAGUCUAGAACCUGACCCUCAGCCUUGAUGUGUUUACCCUCAAUUAUCAUAACAGAUUUGAUUCUAAUUUAUGGACUCGCAAUUUCAACAACCAUCCUUACUAACCGUAAAGCUAGCUACAUUAACAUCGAUCCAUGUCAUUUGCCUUUGUUGAACCGAUGCGUGGGCGAACUCAUUAUCCAGUGGUUCAUUAGCAACAACCAAGUGCCAGCUUCAUUCCACAACCUCCAUCCUCCUCCUUCCAGUCUUGUCAGUGUGUGAUGGUAGCACAGGUUUGAGGUUUUCUAUAAAAAUUAGUUUGAUCUUAAUAAAAUAAGCUGAUCAUCA